AUGUCAGAAACAGAAGAAUCGGAAUUGGUAUCUCUUCCACAGCACUAUCCCUUGCUGACGAAAAGCAGAGACGAGCUCAGAAAGGAGCGACCUCCAGCAAAGGCGACUUACAGCGACAAGUACGUGCAGCCUUUCCUUUCAGACGUGAAGAACUCACUUGUCGAAACCAUUGGAGUGAAGUUUGAAAUUGCAGCACAAAAGUAUCUCUCUGGAGCAGCAUCUGAUGAUGAAUACAGCAGAGUGAAAGACACCAUUUAUGAGUCGAUCAUCAAGGAAGACUGGAUCAACGGAGUUCACGACGCGUUCAACUCUUACUCGGACUCGAAUGACGCGUACUCCUUAAUGCUACAUGUUGCUUUCCAAACCACACAGCAGAAGGUGACGAUAUCAAAUCUCUAUGACUACGUUUCUACAGAAUCAGAGGCCAUUGCAAACGGCACCCCACUUCCUUUCCCUUCACUAACGGAAGUUUUCGACCAAGAAGUGAAAAAGGUAGAAUCGCAGAACGAGGAAACGAAAACCGUUGAGGAUGAAGCUGUGCGACAGUUCAAACAGAUGAUGUUUGUUGCGGUUUAUCCGGAUAGACCCAUCCCGUUUAGUUUAGAGAAGGACGGAGACGACGGAGACGACGAUGUUGAAGUCGACGGAGGUAAAGUCGACUUAACCUGCCCCAUUUCAAGAGAAGUGUUCGUCAGACCGUACAGAAACAAAACUUGCAAACACACAUACGACCUCGAACCGCUCAAAAUCUACCUUAGGUCUUCGCAAGAGUGUCCCGAAUGUGGUGUCUCGCUAAGAAUGGAAACGGUAGAGCCCGACCUUGUGAUGCAAACUCGUGUAGAGUGCUUCAAAAGAGACGCAAAACUGGAAGAGCUUGUCAAAGACAGGCGUUUCGACGAGACAGAAAAACUAUGA